CACACACCCCCACACGUGCACACACACACCCCCACACGUGCAUGCUCACACUCACACUAAACCUCUAAAGCAAAACCUGGGACCUCUCUCUCUCUCUUGAACACACACACACGCACUCACUCACACACACACACACACACACACACUCACACACACGCACGCUCGCACACGCUCUCCUGACCGCAGGACGAUGGCGGGAGUUCGGCCGUACGGCUGCUUCACGCACGCUGUGGUCCGUGGCAUCCCAGAAUCCUUUGGGGGCGCGGCGGAGGGGGGUGACACUAACGGGGGGGGUGUGACGGAGCUGGCCAAGGCGCAGCGGCAGUUCGGCAUGCUGACGGGGGCCCUGCGGCAGAAAGUGGGGCUCCAGCUGAUCGAGAUCCCCCCGGACCCCGCCCUCCCCGACAGCUGGAGGCUGGAGGACCUGGCCGUCGUCCAGGGAGACACGGCGCUCGUCACGCGGCCAUGGCAACAGCAGCGGCGCAGUGAGGCGGAGGCGGUGAGGAGAGUGCUGUCGGAGCUGAACCUGACGGUGGUGGAGAUGGGGGGGGAGGAGGGGGGCUCCGGGGGGGCCACACUGGAGGGCAGCGACGUGCUCUUCACCGGGAAAGAGUUCUUCGUGGGAAUCUCCCCCCACACCAACCACCGAGGGGCUGAAGUGCUGGCUGACACCUUCCGGGACUUUGCCGUGUCCACUGUGCCGGUGUGUGGGGGCACUCGCCUGAAGAACAUCUGCUCCAUGGGGGGUCCUGACACCAUCGUCAUCAGCAACAGUGAAGGAGCGAAGAAAACUCUGAGGAUGAUGGAGCAGCUGACGGACCAUCACUACGAGGUGCUCACCGUCCCCGAAGACGCCGCCGCCAACUGCAUCUACAUCAGGGGCCCGUCCAAGGCGCACUUCCUCCUGCACCGGACGGCAGACGAGUGUCCCGACAGCGCCCCCGCCUUCCAGAAGCUGACCGACUACACACUCCUGCCCACUGCCUGCACUGAGGCCUCCAAGCUCGGGGGGGCGCUGUCCUCUUUCUGUCUGCUUAUCAAUCGCAAGCCACAGCUUUGAAUAUUCUGCCAGCACUCCCCUCCCCCCCCCCCCCAAAACUACAGUGUCAGAAACAGCUUACUUGCCUACUAUUGAGUACUGUGUGCUCAAUAGUAGGCAAGUAAACUGUUUCCGACACGGCCGUGAUCUUCUAGCCAAUCAGAACGGCCGGUGCAGUUUACAUUCCGAAUAGACUAUGACAUCAUAGUGCCUCGUUCUCUUGACCUGUGUUUCCCAGCCUUUUUCCUGUGAGGUCACACAUUCUGUAAUCAGAGAAUUCCACGGCGCACCGCUGUCCCAUUAACCACUAAAAAGGUCACACAAGGUCACACACACACAGGUUCAGUUGUGGUGAAAUAUGAACCUUAUCCAUGGUGCACCCAGUAAACAAAUGUGCCACACACAAUUGUAAUAUUACAUUACGUACUUGAGCUUACGCCAGCUGUCGCCAAUCAACAUGCAGCAUGAAUGGAAUUAGAAAUUAAAUGCGAGCUUUGCUGGCCAAUGUACUGAAUGGAUACAGGGCAAAGAGUGAUCCAAAUUAAACUGUAAGAGAAAUGCCACCCUUUAGACUAGCUUAGCGCCUUGAAAAUGGAGAGUUGUUGCUUGGCCCUGAGUUUUGGUUUGUUUAAACAAGCUAGCUAACAUUAGGUCAUCUACGGUAACAUGUUGAAAGAUGCUUAUCCCUCCUGUUUCCUGAGAGACGUUCCAAAAAAAAAAAAAAAAAUUCAAGGUUCUCUCCUGUUGCUGCAGUUGACGUGAGCACAAGGUUUUAUCAGUUUCACUGCCUCGCUGCUGAAUCCGUGCAGUAAAACGAUCAGCAUUGUUGUGGAAAAACACCGCACACAGAUGCGGGAGAGAUAGCAGACUAGCGGUGUGACUUCCGUUUGAGUGGAGUGGCAUCUCUCGUUUUGAGUGGAGUGGCAUCUCUCUCUCGUCAUUCUGCUGUCUUUCGUCUCGUUUCAAUCUGAAGCACCUUCCGGAAUAUGAGGGGCUGUGUCCCAGGCCUGUAGCAGGUGGCAGAUCUUCAGUGAAAGGCCCAGUAGACACACUAAAGCCAGGAGAAACACGCACGCUGUCCACCCAGCCCUAACCCUAACCCUUAGUAAUGGAGGAACUGCCCAACCACUACAGCUACAGUUCAGUAGCAGCGCUAACACUACAAGCGUAGGCUCAAUACGGAAGGUAGCUGGUGCUGUAUCGACGGUCGUAAAGAUGUCACAAUGCCCUGGAUGUAGUCGAGUGUGUCUGUUUCUGAAGGGCUGCCAGGGCCUUCUGGGGUUCUGAUAAAUCUACAGACUGCCUGCAGUCCUUUCGCUGGAACCGUGUCUCUCCGUUACCCCUGGCAACCCGGUCCACAGCCCUGUUCUCAGACAGUUUGGCCUGCUGGGGUUUUUAUUGGUGUAAAAUCAGUACUUAUUCAGAUAAAACAGGAGAUUUACACAGAGAAGUCACCUGGUUUCUGUGGCCUGUGCUGCUGAUUUUUACAGUCUAAAAUGGCAAUGUAUCCCACGGCUGCCCAGGACCAGGGUUGCAGACCACGAUGCGAGCAGUUCAGUGUACACCUGCAGCCCAGGGUUGCAGACCACAAUGCGAGCAGUUCAGUGUACACCUGCAGCCCAGACUGAACUCCAGCAGUGCACCCUGGGCUUGACCACUACGGCACUGUGGUCUAGCCGUCAAUCAAAUCCAAACAAUCCAGUUAACUUUUUUCCUAUAUUACUCUGAAGUAGACCACUUUUUUGUAGCAGUGACAUGUAUGCUUUGUAUCGGAUGUAGAGGAAUUUUGGCCCUCCCUAGAAUAAAGUCCAAGACAGUAAAAA